AUGGCAGGCUACUUGCCUUCAUUGCAAAGCAUUGCGAUAGCAGCGGCAACUUCCCUACCCUUGCCAGAAACAUCGCACCAUGACGGAUCUCUGGCAAGAUCUUAUGCCUCGUGUGUCGUCCGAGUGCACACGAAACACGGCAUCAAGACUUUGUCCUUCAACAUUCUGGCCGAGCUAUUCGGAUUCACCGCCAAAAAAGCUGCUGACAAAAUUGGAAUUAGCAGCCGAACGCUUAUUCGCGUGUGCCGCUCGUUGGGGAUCCGACGCUGGCCGUACCUAGGCUUCCGAAGCGAGAAGAACGUCAAUCGGAUCCGUCAGGAGGCCAUAGGAAACCUACGACGCAAGCUCGAACAAGACCGUGAGUCAUUGACCACGACAGAGCUUCACCCCGACGCUCCCAGUCUUAUUCGCAACGCCAGCGCUAAACGUCUGCUACGAGUGAAGAUACCUCAGCGAGACCUUCAGCCACUAGAGGAAGCAGCACCAUCCAAGAUGCGCGUUGUGCGCACAAGUUCCUGGUGCUGUUCUCCAACACUCUCGGCUACCACCACAAACGUUUCUGAUGAUGGUGAUGAACGCAUGUCUGGGUCCAAUGGUAGCGAUUUUACGACCAAAGUAUGGACGCCUCCGCAAGCUACAUCAAGCUCCUUCGAUCCUAUCACGUCUACAGCACCGUCGUUGACAAUACCAGCGACACUACACGGCUUCAUUCUCGACCCGCAGCGUCCCAGUAUUGGCAAAAAGCCAGGCAUCCCCGUCUCAACUGUGAGUCCGUGUUCAAGGAAUACGCAAUGGAUAGCGCCAAGUAUUUGCACGCAAGCUGACACUGUUUCCAGGCAGGCGCCGUCACCUAUGCCACCCUUGAACUUGCUCGUUGACGCGUCUAUCCUCGGUGGCUAUAAGGGUCAGAUGUUAAUGCGGCCCAUGAACCAGGGUAGCACCCUUUGGCAGCAGCAGCUCCACCCUCGUACAAUGUCAAUGCAGGACAUCCUGACGUACUCCUAA